AUGGAUCCGCUGGAGCAAUCGCGCGCAUUUCUUGACUGCUUUCGGGCAAACGUGAACCCGGCCGAUCCGCUUCCUGUGCGAGUCCCGAUCUACAACCUGAAGCACGACGAAAUUGAGCCUGCGAUCGUCGACUGGACUCGAACCUAUUUGGACCAAUUUGAAUGCCCACACUGUCUUCUGACGCCCAUCAUUCGGAACGUUUUGGAAGCAGUUUUAAAACGUUGCGAAGAAAACCCCGAAUCCUGCGGAUACACUGGGCGCGAUUAUAAAACGCUGCAAUUGAACCAUGAAGUGAUUUCACGCGUGAACCAAAUCUGCUCGGAGUUGCUGGACAAUGAGCGGCUCAACAAUCUGCUCGCUCAGCUUCGCUCGGGAUGGCCAUUGGACGAGCCGGAUUCGGGGAUGCACGGAGCUGCUAGUAGCCAGCUCCACAAUCCGGUGCGGCAGUGUUAUGUCGCCAGAGGGCUCAAGAAUCGACGCCGCACGAUGGAGGACCGUCACGUGUGCUUGCCGGACUUUGACAAACUGUUCCAAACGCGAGACAUCGAACCGACCGCCUUCUACGGUGUUUACGAUGGACACGGCGGUCAGGAUGCGGCCAGUUUCGCGGCCUCGCACUUGCACUACUACAUCGCACAGAGUGAACACUAUCCGCACAAUAUGACGCUAGCCUUUGAGGAAGGGUUCCACAAGACGGAUCGACUGUUUGGCGAAAAGUGCGCGAACCAUCAUCUCAACAGUGGUUCGACGGCAGUCGUGUGCUUUCAUCACAUCACUUCCAAGCGGAUUGACGUGGCGUGGGUUGGCGAUUCUCAAGCAAUAAUGGUGAAACGUUCUCCAAACCGUGAACUCUAUCAGCGACUAGUAUAUCCGACCCAUUCGGCAUCUAAUCCGGAAGAACGAGACCGUAUUCACGCUAUUGGUGGAAAUGUGAUCUUCUGGUACGGGGGAUUCCGUGUGAAUGGGCAACUUGCUAUUACCCGAGCAAUAGGAAAUCCUGCACACAAACCCUUCGUAUCGGCUGAUCCAGGCAUUUGCCUCAACACCUGUACCGAUGAUGAUUUGUUUCUCGUGAUCGCUAGCGACGGGCUGUGGGAGGCUUGCGAUGAGCAGUUUAUCUCGAUGUUUGUGUUGUACGCGAUGCGGAAAUUUCCAAAUGAUCCACAGAAAAUUAACGACUAUUUAAUAGCGUGGGCCAAACAGGAGACCACAGACAACAUCACGGUGAUAAUAGUGUUCCUAAAAGACAUCCAGACCAUCAUCAAAGAGACGCCGUUCGUUGAAGAGCUAGAGAUUAAAGCAAAACACAGAGCGAACCAAAAAAUGGACUUAAAUGAUGCCACCAGCCACGGCCUGUUGGCGGAGAAUACUUCAAUUCCCCUGGAAGACCAUAAAGCCAUUGAGGAUAUACAAAAUUUCAUGCUCGAAAGUGCAAUGGUAGCGCCAAAGUCGCUGUGCGCCGGCCCGGUGGAUGAUAUGGGCUUUCUCUCCGGAGGCGGUCUCGGGCCGGAAACAGACGUUGACGGACUGCACGAUAGCCAACAAUCGCCUAGUCCAAUGUUGCUGGAAGACGAGGAGAAAAAGACCGGCCAUGCACUCGGCAAUGGCGACGUGGCAACGCAUCAUGAGAUGGGCGGCCACGGAGGUGGCGUGGAACACGACACCGACUACGACUACAAUCCGUUCGGUAUGCCCUCGAACGACGAGACCGUGGAGUCGCCGAGCGCCCCCGAGACGACGGGUGAUGCCAACAGCCACGACAUCGAGGAGGAUCCCACGUCUCCGUCGAGCGUUAGUGCCGAUCCGGCCGAUUUUUCAGAGGAACACCCGGUGCCUCACGUCAACGGAACCGGCGUGCAUCAUAAUCCGCUGGAGGAGGAGGAGGCACACGCCGAGGGUGCGUUCGAGAAGCUGGCCGACUCGGAGCCGGUGCAGAAAGCGGAACUGAAUGAAGACAUCCAUCCAAGACACAUCCACAUCCAAGACAAGUCCCUCGACGAGCCGAUGGAUUUGCUGGGCGCGGACUCGAUCGUUGAUAAUAAACUUAUCGAUCAGCUCGACUCGUUCGGCAUUUCGGAGGCAAUCCGGCGACAGUUGAUCGAGCAGCAAGUGACCGGCGCCCCGGUACACCACGAACAGGAGGAGGACGAAGACGACGGGCAGCUGAUUGAGGAGAAACAUUCGGAGUUUGACGGUGCGGAAAAGGAGGACCUGCACCACGAGAAAGCGUUCGACAGUGACUAUGGUAAUGAUCACCAUAGUGCGGCGGACGUCAAACAGGAUGAUGAUGCCGGUUGCUGCGAAGAUUCCGAAGAAGACGAAUGGGAUUAUGUGAAGGUGAACCAGCAGACACAAGAGCAGCAGAAACAAGAAAGCACGCCAUCGGAUCCGGUGGAAAACAGUGUCACAACGCCGGAAGACCACCAGCAGCCUAGCGGGGAGCAAGAACGCAGAGACGACGAGCGGCCUCUGGAUUUGGCAUUAGAAGACGAUCUGCCCCAAAAGGAGGAAGAACACCAGCAGAAACAACAGGAACCUCACGCUUUCGACGAGCAUCAGCAGGAACAGGAAAAGCCGGAGGUUGAGCCCGAACAGCACUCGGAAGUGCAGCAAGGGGACGACGAGCCCACGGAGACGGAGAUCGUCGACCACAAACCGGUAGAAGUUCUUGGCGAGAACGCGGUGGCAGAAUCGGCCGUUCCGCAGAGUGCUAGCGAAUUUGAUGAUGUCAUCAGUGGCAGCACGGAAGUUGUCAAUUUGCUGAACGAACUUAACAAGAAAGCGACAACGCCUACUGCGAUUGUGGAAUCGCCCAGUGAUAUAAACGAAGCCGUGCAGGAAGAAGAACCGUUCGAGUCCGGUCCAAGUGAUAGUUUCAGUGCCCAGACGAUGGAGGCGAAUCCGUUCGGAGAUGAUGCCGCGGCACACGGGCAUGCGUUGUCGUUCGAGUCACCGCUUUUGCCGGUUCAGGACAACCGCUUGCAGGAGGAACAACAACACCAUCAGGAGAAAGAUCUGUUCAGUAUGAGCGCAGUCGAAAAGGAGGCGUCGGAAGGCGGCCCCUUCAAAGAGGAGUUGAACGAAAAGCAUCUUUACGAGGCAGAAGAGAAAUCGAUGCAUCAUGCAGCGGGUGGUGAUAUGGGUUGGCAGUUGAAUCCGGAAGCGAAGGAGUUUGUGCCGAUUCUGCCGGGCUCCGGUACUGGUCCGAGCGGUGAAACUCCGGCCGACUUUACACCAUCGCGCAUGCUGGACCACGAGUCCUAUCGGCUGCGUGACGAUACGAUUGUGGCGCAAAGUCCCCGCAAGGGCACGGCUUCGUCGAUGGAAGAUCUUGACGUGCCGCAAGAGACCGAUUUCCAAACCGAAAUGGAUAAGCGACCGCACGAGUUUGAGUUAGUGGGCGAAUCGUCGCCCCUAUCGCCGCUAGCCAAACAACCCGUAUUCGACCUGCAAAGCGCUGUUCUAAAUGGUGACGAGCACAACGGCGACGACCACAACGGUGACGACCGUCCAAAAUCUGCUGGCGAAGGGUCAUUGCCGUUAAUGGGCACCGAUUGUGGUCAGCUCGGGGGCACGGUUCCCGCGGAUGAUUUGGAUUUUCUCAACAAGGUACACGAGCUACCGGAGGGGGAGGAAGACGCCCAGUUGGAAGCGUUUGCCGUCAACCGUCAAUUCGCGGAACCGCCUGCAGUAGCCUACGAAGAACAGGUAAACCUGAUGGCCGCCUCGGAGCCAUACAGCGCAAAGGAGGAACAGCACAUUGAACACAAGGAAACGAUAGAUGAGCCGUCACCGGCAGCGGACUUUGUGCAAGACUUUGGUCAACUAUCCCUCAACAAUGGUCACACGGACCCAAUGACAUUCGGCGCCAAUCCGUUCCUGGGGGAAGAAAUCCCAAUGACCGUUGGUGCUCCCUUGGCGGCCGGCAAUGCCUCACCGUUCUUCGAUCUAUCAUCGACAAAUGAUCAGAACCAACCAACGAUCAGUGAGGUUGCAGCGAAACAAUUUGUUGAGGACGUGCAGACAGCACCAUUGACAGCCUUUGAACCUUCGUUGCUUCCGGCUCAGGAGUUCACUCCGAUCGCUGAUGCAGCAACACAGGGUUCCACCGAACCGACACCGGAGCCGGUGAUCGCUGCGGAGCCCAAAUUGGGCGAAGAGCCGAGCGAUGACCUGAUGGCUAAGGAUGCAAGUGGCACUACUGCACCGGUCGCUGCUGUCGCUGUAGCAGCCGCCGGAGCGGUGGCUGUCGCUGCAUCGGCGGCCAGUAAAACCGCCAAACCAAAGGCACCGGCAUCCUCAACCACGGCCAAAAAAACCGGACCAUCGAGUGCAACCGCAAAACCCGCAGUUGGAGCGUCCAAAGACACAACGAAGAGUGCUGCUACAGCACGCACUACGGCCAGCAACACCACUUCCACAGCUGCUGCUGCCACCCGCAAACCCCCGGCAGGCGCCGCCAGUGCCGCCAAAAAGACAACACCUACCACAGGAGGAAAGACCUCCGUCGCUUCUGCAACUACUGCAACCAUGAAUGGUGGUGUGAAAGAGGCCCGUCCAUCGAGUGCCGCUUCCACCAAAACGUCCACGCUGGCAGCAAAGAAACCAUCAACAGAUGCAGCCACAAAGCCAACAGCUACCAAGGCUUCGACCGUGUCGUCCGUGGCAGCUGCGAGAGCAAAGGCAGCGGCACCCUCGAGCACAACGAUGAAAACGGCCACAACUGGUGCAACAGCUACAAGGACUGUCCCCAAAUCGACCACAACUGCUGCCAGUGGGGUGGCUGGAAAACCAACAGCGUCCUCUCGGUUGUCGACCACCACCACCCGGCCGGCGUCGCGUCCCGUUUCGGCUACCUCACGGCCCUCGAGCACUGUCUCGGAGAAGUCAAGCACCACAGUUCCUUCAAAAACAACCACCACAGUCAAGCGAACCGUUGCAGCAAAGAGUACGGUUACAAAUGGAACUACCACGGUUGAUGGAACAACGAAAACAACGAAAUCGACAACCACCACAAGUACGACCGCUCGGGCCCCAGCAACAACGGCCCCUUCGCGGGCAACCGCAACGUCCAGAACGAGCACAAUCGGGACCAAGAAGCCGCUCGACACCAAACCGUCUGGCGGGGCUGCGACAACCAAGAGUACGUCCGCAUCGCUGACCACUAGCAGCAAGUCGAGUGCAAUUUCCACGCGCACCUCGUUAGCUCCACGACCGACGGCAACUUCACCGGCCGUAAAGAAGCUCCAGAAUGGCACGGGCCCAGCGAAGAAAACGGCCGCUUCACCAACGCCGGUACCAAUCAAGAAACCAGCGAGUCCUGCCGCGUCGAAGCAGCAGGCGGUAGCAACGACCACGGUGACUAACGACAACAUGAGCCAAGCGGCCGGCGGUGGUGCCGAUGUGGUUGACACCGAAACGGUAGAAAUGGUUGCUCCACAGCCCGACCAGCUGCUCGUACCGCAAGCGAUGUGAUGCGCCUAAAGCGGCACCGCACGCGCGCGCUCCCUUUACUUACAAAUCCGUUUUUCACGCCUCAAACUGGGUUCCGCAUCCGUCUCUGUCGACGCGGCGAUGCAUCCGGUGCGUGAGUUCCAUUAUUCCUUCACCACCUUUUUGCACUUUUACACUUCGUGGAUUGAAACUCCGGAACGUUUUCUCCUAAAAUAUUUCUACGGAUACGGAGCACUUUAAAUCGUUCACAGUUUGGCAAGCCGCUAGAUUGUCAUGUAUUGAAACCGAGCAGGCCGUGAACUGAUGACCACGUAUCGCGCGAAUGGGAGAUGAGAACAAACCUUGCUUUCUCAGGAGUUUGGCGGUACGAUUUUGUUGAAAUUGAAGGAUGUCAUGUAAACCACUGUGAGAAGGCCACAUCGAACAAAACCGCUUACGAGAGAGAGAGAAAGAGAGCGCGAGCAAGAGCAAACCAGCAAGAGGUUAAUGGGGGAGAACUGUCCAUUGGGCAUGACUAAACCCGGGACCGAGGAUGGUCUUUGGGGUGCGAGUAGAGUUAUCCUCAUACAAUAUUUAACCCGCUCUACCCUUAGUGAUAGCAAUGUAAUCUUAUUAUUAUUGUUUUUUUUAUGCCAAGCAUGAUGAUCAGUAAUUAGUGUUACUCUCUGAAACAGUACUUUUCGGAAGUUUGAUUUGCAUAGCGGCUUUCCGCUGCCCUGUUCCUCACGACGGUCGCCGUCGCACCCGCCGCCGCCGCCGUCGUCAUUAUAUUCUUGGGCCUUAAAAAUGAUCCGAACACAAACCCGUUUUACGAUGGAUUGUGUGGAUGCUUCUCUUUCUUUCCUCUUAUUAUACUUUUUCGAAAAAAACACGAUGUAUGCGUUCCCGAUACCAAAACAAACAAGUUAGGAAAGGAAGCAGAAAGCAGAAUUAGACGAAUGAUGAGAAAGAAGAGAAAUGAAUCUUAUCGACAAGAGUGGCAAGCCUGAAUAGUGACCGGUCACUGCUGGAAUCGUUGAUAGUAGACGAACGAACGGUGGCCGAAGUUUGUGAACGCACGCUGCGGUGCAAGCAUCUCCCUUUUUCCCCGCCCUUCCGCUACAUCCUUUGGCGCUUCUGGUGUGUCGUCUUCACGCAGCUUCAGAUUUUAUUAGUUUGGCCGUGAUGUGUGUGCGCAAUCACUUAUAUUACGUUUGCUCGUUGCUUGUUUUUCCCGUUUCCGGCAUCGUAAUACGGCGGGUGCUAUUUUUACACUGUUGCUUACCGAUAGAGCCCCACCACACCAUUUAAUCUCCAUUAGCCUUCCGGACCGUGGUGGUGAACGUGCGGAGGAAAAAGUAGGAACAAACCCCAAAUCACAUAACUACACACACCGUAGCAGCUAAAAAACAUGGAAUAAUCGAAUAUUUUAACUCAAUAAAUCCCACGAUAGUAACAGUAACAGUAAUUACCCAUCAUCAUCAUCGUCGUCGUCGUGUAACGGUGUGUGUGUGGUCCCUACGUGACCACCCCAUCGAUUUGUCUACCGAAAGUGACCAAUCCGACCGUUGGAAGGUGGUAAAUUUUUAGCUUUGAAAAUAGCAAUGUAACUGUGUUCGCUUAAAAAAGGCAUUAAAAAGGAGCUUACAAUGUUCGUUGGAGUGUCUGAGGUGCAUGCGAUAGAGAGUGGAAGCUUAUUGAAGGGGAAUGGCACUAUGGCCUCACAUACUGGAAUGGCUGGACUAUAAUUGGCUGUUUACAGCGCGCACGAAGGUGGCAACCACUGUCCCUCUAUGGAAGGGACAGUGGGCAGAGAAGCAAACAAAAAAAUAGAAACUGAACUACUAGAACUAGAACUAGACACAACAGCGCAUUGACGGAAAACAUGAGGAAUUGGACAUGGCCGUAGCCACAAGCAGCACCCUGAAGAUAAAUCAAAAACGGAAGAUCGUGCCUAAAGCGCAAGCAAGACGUGUGGGGGUAAAUAUGAGGGUCUGGGCCGGGUGUGGCAGCAAUCCUUUUGAGGUGGUGGGCCCAAAACAAGCUACCGGGUGCCGGGACCACCUCACACAGCAACCUUCUGCCGAACAACCAACUACAUCACCACCAACGGCCGCCGAUCGAAAAAUACACUAUUUCGUAAUAUUUUAUAUAUUUAUAACACAAUUUGUAUCCGUUUAACCGAUUGCGCAACUUAAAAUACGAAACAAUAAAAAAACGAUAAACGAUACUUUCGGUGCUCGUUCUCAUUUGACGGUGCGGUUUUCAACCCGGGUUCGCUUGCCUCGCCUUCUGCGAUUGCGCGUAGAUAAAUGUUGUGCACUGCUUAUGGAAUCCUCAAUAGAAACAUAUGCAUAAAAAUGAGAAAUGCAAUGCUGCAUGUACUGGCACUCGUACUCGAUCCUUCAUCUCUUCCAUUUCUUUCAUCAAGAAGUGUAAAACAAUGGCAGCGUAGGUGCUUUUGUUCAUCUCUAGGGUUUUAUUCACAAUCACUUUUUAGUUUGUGUAAGCCGGCUAAUCUAUCAGUAAUGCUGAAUAAACUAUCAUGAA